AUGAAUCCACGCUCACCCGUCACCUCCCGACGCCUUGAUACCCCCGGGGUGGACUCUGUAAGACGGCUCCGUCGGGAGCCACGAGUUGGUCCCCUGGCGCUCGAUAGGAGACGCGCACAGUCGUGGCCAAGGAUCUGUCACCUGGAGCUGUCACCUGGAGCUGUCACCUGGAGCCGUCACCUGGAGCUGUCACCUGGAGCUGUUACCUGGAGCUGUCACCUGGAGCUGUCACCUGGAGCCGUCACCUGGAGCUGUCACCUGGAGCUGUCACCUGGAGCUGGCACGGGACCGGCACGGGACCGGCACGGGACCGGCUCAUUUCGCCGUGAGGGGUUUCAGAACCUCGCACGAGCUCCUCUCGCGCACCCGCCGGAGCGGCGGCAAGCAAAACAAAACCCCAACCCCCGCGGGCGCGACUCCUCGUCGCCUCGCGCACUCGCCCCAAGCGGAGAGCCCUGCAUUAGGGUGGACACGGGCGGGCCCAUCCUGCCACUGCUGCUCACUCCCCCAGCUAGGACCAGACUUACCCCAACCCCUAUCACUACCCCAACCCCUAUCACUACCCCAACCCCUAUCACUACCCCAACCCCAAUCACUACCCCAACCCCUAUCACUACCCCAACCACUAUCACUACCCCAACCCCUAUCACUACCCCAACCCCUAUCACUACCCCAACCCCUAUCACUACCCCAACCCCAAUCACUACCCCAACCCCUAUCACUACCCCAACCCCUAUCACUACCCCAACCCCUAUCACUACCCCAACCCCUAUCACUACCCCAACCCCUAUCACUACCCCAACCACUAUCACUACCCCAACAACUCCAACCCCUAUCACUACCCCAUCCCCUAUCACUACCACAACCCCUAUCACUACCCCAACCACUAUCAUUCCCCCAACCACUAUCACUACCCCAACCCCUAUCACUAGCCCAACCCCUAUCACUACCCCAACCACUAUCACUACCCCAACCCCUAUCACUACCCCAACCCCUAUCACUACCCCAUCCCCUAUCACUACCACAACCCCUAUCACUACCCCAACCACUACCCCAACCACUAUCACUACCCCAACCCCUAUCACUACCCCAGCCAUUAUUACUACCCCAACCACUAUUACUACCCCAACCCCUAUCAAUACCCCUACCCCUGUCACUACCCCAACCACUAUCACUACCCCAAUCACUACCCCAGCCAUUAUUACUACCCCAACCACUAUUACUACCCCAACCCCUAUCAAUACCCCUACCCCUGUCACUACCCCAACCACUAUCACUACCCCAACCCCUAUCACUACCCCAACCCCUAUCACUACCCCAACCCCUAUCACUACCCCAACCACUAUCACUACCCCAACCCCUAUCACUACCCCAACCACUAUCACUACCCCAACCACUAUCACUACCCCAACCCCUAUCACUACCCCAACCCCUAUCACUACCCAACCCCUAUCAUUACCCCAACCCCUAUCACGACCCCAACCACUAUUACUACCACCAACCCCUAUCACUACCCCAAUCCCUAUCACUACCCCAACCACUAUCACUACCCCAACCCCUAUCACUACCCCAACCACUUUCACUACCCCAACCACUAUCACUACCCCAACCCCUAUCACUACCCCAACCCCUAUCACUACCCCAACCCCUAUCACUACCCCAACCCCUAUCACU